CCAUCGCACACGUAGAAAGUUUCGGGACCGCUUUGAGUUGCAUCAUCGGUUACUUGGUCUUCCUUGUGCCGCCCUCGUUGCCCCAUUUCUUGCCUGCCUUGCCUUGGCUGCUUACUAUUUCCUCCUGUAAAUUCUUCUGGAUCUCCGUCACCGCGCUUGAGGCGACCUCUCCAGCUUGACUCGUGUCUAGCAGCCGACCUUUUUGAACAUUUCUAUUCUGGUUAUUUUAACCUUGAGAAGUUGCCUAAGCGUAGCUUCAAUUGACGGAACAGUGGAGUUUAAUUUUUUUUCUUUUAAUUGGGUCAAUUUCGAUAUUGGAAGGUAGGAUACUUUGCUGGUCUCCUAAGUUUAUCCGUCGCUGUCGCUGGUCACGACGCAUGAAUGACCUCCCAGAGCUCAUGACAAGCCUCGUGAUGAGCUCCUCCAAGUCUUGCUGCUUCUGCUCUCGCUGCAUUGUCGCGUAGGCGCCACCGCGGCACCAGUAGUGUGGCUCCUUAAAGAAUAGGAUUUCUGUGUUUGCCCAGUGGACGUGCGAGUUGUGUGGCGGGAUCUGUGAGGAGAAAGGAUUCAGUGUAACUGAGAAGUAUUUCAUGCUUAAACCGUGACCAAGCCGUCCCUCCCAGCGCCUUUUCGAGGAAGAAAGAUUAUCUCAAUUGAUCUGCUGGUUCACUUCGUCUUUGUUUUGGCCAGACAACUGCAUUGUCGUGCCAGUGUUUAGCCUUCCGCAGUCCUGAUUUCGGGCAUUUUCCUUGAAUGGUCAUUUCAGAGGAUAGGUGUGUCACCAAGACUUGAGAUUCUCAGAGUUUAAGCAAUGGACACCACAGUAAUACAAUCGAAGACAACAGCGCAAUUCUUCUUCCUCAUGAUCACCGUCGGGCCAAUGCUAUCGUAGAGGACGUCUAGGUUACCUUGCUAUUGCCUCCAAUUGCGUUGCGAAUAUGCAAUUACUCACAGCGUAAUUGCGACUUCUUAAGACGCAGUAUCGCUUUACGAUUUUGAAACGUAGUCAACAAAGUCGGGAAACAAAGGAAACAGAUUUGCGCAUUAUCUUCUGUAGAGUCUGCAGAGUUGUUCGCCUGCAAUCGCUUGGAGACUCAGAUUGACUUGUCGUUACGAACUGCGGCCGAUAGCCUUGUCCGACUGUUACUACACUGUCCGUAUUAAAUACCGAGCGUGGUUGUUGGUGACGACGUAAAGCUGGCGAUCAAGGCAGCACAACUGGAGUCUCCCAGUCUCCUCAAGUCGAAGAAGACGACGAGCAUGGGAGGACCGGUGGUGGCGGAGGAGGACACCACACUUGUUGAGGGGCCAGUGUGGUUGAAACCGCUGCUGAAAGCCGAUUUCUUUGCUACUUGUCCACUGCAUGGAGUUUCUGCCAAGAGCGAGCGCAACCUAUUUUGCUUCAAGUGCAUGGGUGAUGGCAUUUGUGCCUCUUGUGCAGUAGAUCACAAAGACCACCACGUUGUACAGAUUCGACGGUCGUCUUACCAUGAUGUCAUUAGAGUUUCCGAAAUCCAGAAGCUGUUAGACCUCUCCACGGUCCAGACCUACAUUAUCAACAGUGCCCGUGUGGUAUUCUUGAAUGAGCGUCCUCAGCCACGACCGGCUAAAGGCGUGACUAAUACGUGCGAGACGUGUGAGCGGAGCCUUCUUGACACAUUUCGCUUUUGUUCCCUGGGAUGUAAACUUGCGGGAAUUAAAAGGCACAAGGACCUCUCUUUCAGUCUACAACCAAAACCUCAAGGUACAGUUAGCACGAACUCUCGCGUACUGUCAGACUCAGAAGACUCUUCCACUCAAAAGAAGGCUCCACGGUCAAGGAAAGUUUCACAGCUACGAAGCUCUCCCCUGUCUCACACAAGCUUCGAGGGCUCAGAGACAGAGCAUGAAACAACCGAAGAUACGACUUUCAACAAGCGACGAGUAUGGCUCCGCAUUGAUGCGGGGCCGUCCUCACCAGGAGCGAGUUCGGAGCGUUUCAAUCGAGCCACAAGUUCGUUGCCUGUUCUCGUGGUCGACAUGUCACCUAGGACACCGCCUCGUUCGAACAUCCAUCGGAUUGCCAAACGACGGAAGGGCAUACCUCACAGGGCACCUCUUCGGGCUUGAAACUUACCUGUUCAACAUGUGAACAUAGGGUACGGGAUUGUAUCAUGUCGCUUUCUCUUGGUCUAAGUUCUGUCAUCAAAGCAUCAUUGUGACCGUGGACAACGGAAAAAGAAGCCAAAGGAACAGAUUCAUCAGCAACUGAAUUUUUGGUAGCAAUCGCACCGUUGUUAGCGAGCCACGACUCAGGUACUUGGCCCACACUGGGCCUCUCAAAAGUGCUGCACCUGUGUAGUGAGGUGCUCCACCUCAGCAAGGAAACACAAACAGUAAGCUUCAGUGCAGUGCCUGCAAACCUUAAGUGUAUAUAUUAGCUCAAAGGUUAGCACUGUUUUUACCGUAUGUUAUUAUAAUGUAUACUGUACAUGUACUGAGCCUGAAAGAGCGCAGAUGCCAUAUCUACUGGCGUUAUCCCGGCAAUGUACUUUGAGCAACGUACUUUGAGCUGAGCGGUGGUGUCAUGCUUCAGGAAAGUGCAUCCAACCACUUUGCUUGGUACUGUAAAACAGGGGAGAAGCCUUGCUGAGAAGACAAUUGUAUUCUACACAGGAGUUGGACGGGCAAAGUGUCAGCGUACAACUCUUUUCAUGUACCAUAGCUACACCCUUUCUCUCUGCAUAAUUUUCUGCUACCUUUGGGAAAGCUUGUAUAAGUAUUAUACCACUCAACAGUACAACACAAUUGUUGAGUCCACUACACAAUAAAUGCUCUUUUGGGUCUCUGCACGUCA